UGUGACGCGCUUGAUAGCGUAACGCGAGUCUGCGUAGUAAGACGCAGAGUUUAAUGACAUUUCUAGAAUAAUUCGACAAAAAUACGAAAUGCUUCAGCUGCCAACUAUACAAACACCGCCACUAUUUGGAGACGACACGCUAUUGCGUUCGAUCGACUGGUUAGAAGGGUUUCCUUGGAAGCAAGAAAAUGUAGUGAAACGCGGACAUAAUAAGUAUGAAAUAUGUAUAAAGGUGCACGACUAUGCCCCCGAGGAAUUAUCAGUGAAAACAGCUGAUGGGUUUAUUGUUGUGGAAGGGAAACAUGAGGAAAAACAAGACGACUAUGGAUACAUCGCUCGGCAAUUCAUGAGGAGAUUCCAAGUUCCAGAAGGAUGUCGAAUUGAGGAGAUAAAGUCCAGAAUGACGGCUGACGGGCUACUCAUCAUCACUGUUCCCCGUGUCCCUAUCGUGAAAAAGGAUACUGUGAUACCUGUAAAACACGAGGGCUCAAAGACUACUUCGUAAUUAGGGACAAUGACAGCAAUAGAAACGGAGACGUUUUUGGAGUAUAUCCUGGUGGAACACCGAUGGAUAAUCGUAAUGGUGGCUCUACUUCCUGUCUCCUUGAUUUGGAAGAUAUGGUCUACAUUCAGGAACUAUGUGGUGUUCAAGCUGAACAGUGCUCCGAAGAUGCAUAUAAAGAAAGUGAAAGAAGUCCAGAGCCAGGUGAAAGCGUGGUUGGCAGGAGACCGUAGCACUAGGCUGUGCACCGCCCGGCCAGGCUGGCAGGCCAUGUCCUUCCGCCAGGGUAUCUACAAGAAGACCUUCACCAAUAUCAAGGUCAACCUAGUUGACGUGCUGGAAGUCGAUAUGGAGAACAUGACUGUCCGCUGCGAACCUUUAGUGACGAUGGGCCAGCUAUCAAGGACUCUGGAGCCUCUAGGCCUGGCUCUAGCAGUGGUACCUGAGCUGGACCAGCUUACGGUGGGCGGGCUGGUGAUGGGCACUGGCGUAGAGUCCUCAUCUCAUAUCUACGGCCUCUUCCAACAUUUCUGCCUGCAGUACGAGCUGGUGCUCGCUGAUGGAUCUGUUGUUACCUGUAGUAAGGACGAGAACCCUGACCUCUUCUACGCAGUUCCCUGGUCGUACGGCACCCUCGGUUUUCUAACUUCAGCUGUCAUCAAAGUAGUUCCAGCUAAAAAAUACAUUCGUCUCGAAUACAGACCGUACAACAAACUGUCGGAGCUUGCCCACCAUUUUGUCGAAGAGUCGCUAAAAGAUAAACCACAUCAAUUCAUUGAAGCUCUGCUGUACACCAAAAAUUCGGGGGUUCUCAUGACGGGAAACAUGGUUGAUAAAAUUGGAGACGAUGGCAAGUUCAAUCCUAUAGGCAAGUGGUAUGCGGAGUGGUUCUUCAAGCAGGUGGAGCGCCACCUGACCAACAACAGUACUGCUGUGGAGUACAUACCUCUCAGGGACUACUACCACAGGCAUACCAGGAGCUUCUUCUGGGAAUUGCAGGACAUAAUUCCAUUUGGAAACCACCCAAUCUUCCGUUACCUACUCGGAUGGCUGAUGCCUCCCGAAGUGUCGCUGCUGAAGCUUACUCAACCGGAGGCCGUCACCAAGUUGUAUGACAAGGCUCACGUCAUCCAGGACAUGCUGGUACCCGUGGAACACCUGGAGAAGGCCAUCGAUGUUUUCCAUGAGGAGAUUGAGGUUUACCCGAUCUGGUUAUGUCCGUUCAGAGUAUUCAACCACCCUGGACAGCUGAAGAUCAAGACUAACGCUGACUCUCAGAUGUUUGUCGACAUCGGCGUAUAUGGUGUGCCCAAAGCUAAAGGAUAUGAGACUGUCACCUCCACUCGUCGCAUAGAAGCCUUUGUCUCCAAACACGAUGGUUUCCAAAUGCUGUACGCAGACACAUAUACAACCCUUGAUGAGUUCAGAGCAAUGUUCGACCAUACUUUAUAUGACAAAGUGCGAGAUUCAUUGCCAUACUGCAAGGACGCAUUCCCUGAAAUCUACGGAAAAGUCAAUAGGAGUGUUAGAAAGUAGUUCCUAGGCUUUAAUUAAGCAAGAAAAAAAAUAUGUGUAAGUGUGUAUGCGUGCUGUUUUUUUUUUAAUUUAGAUUUGGAUUUAGAGUGAAAUGCGUUCUGUUUU